AUGGACAACUACGAUGAUUCUUUGCCGUCCUCGUCUCCCGCUUCUUGGUCUCCGUCUUCUCCGCCGACCACGCCCGAGAUAUCAGACGACGGGUUCGACAUCGAGAGGCUGCCAUCACUGUUCGAGUCCCGGGCUGGAAAUGCUGAAACUGCCGGGAGCAAUGGGCGAGAGCUGUUGUCCCCACAACACGUGUCGAACGGUUCUCCAACUUUCGUGCUGGUGAUUGGCGGACUUGGAUAUAUCGGAUCUCAUACAGUCCUCGAGCUGCUAAGGGCUAGUCAAAAUGUGAUAAUCGUCGACAACCUGAGCAACAGCUACGAGAGCGUUCUGGACAGCAUCAAGCUCCUCACAGCAAACCACUGCAAGGUGGAAGGGAUCCCAGUCCCUUUGAUCCACUUCCACCGCCUCGACUACCGCAGCCGGUCGAUGCGCUUCCUGCUCGAGAGCUACACGGACCUCGUCAUGACGAUCGACGCGGGUGGCCAGCAGAACAUGACGUACCGAUCGCGCAUCGAGAGCGUGAUCCACUUUGCCGCAUACAAGUCGGUCGUCGAUUCCCUCAAGCACCCGCUCCGGUACUACCAAAACAACGUGUGCGGGCUCGUGUCGCUGCUGCAGCAGCUCGACAAGUAUGGCAUCCACAACUUCAUCUUCAGCAGCUCGGCAACGGUAUACGGCACCAAGUCCAACUCUGGCCGGCCGCUGCAGGAGGAAGACGUGGUGCACCACGCGGAGGAGCACGUCGACUUGGCCGGGACUUCGAGCGUGCUGCAGCCGUCCGCGGUGGGGUUGUCGUGCCCGUACGCGCGGACCAAGUACUUUUCCGAGGCCAUCCUUGCAGACGUGGCCGCGACCAACGCGGCCUGGCGCAUCGUGGCGCUACGCUACUUCAACCCGGUCGGGUGCGACCCGUCGGGCCUGCUGGGCGAGAACCCGCGCGGCGAGGCGACCAACCUGUACCCGGUGCUGACGCAAGUGCUCGCGGGCGUGCGCAAAAGCCUCGACGUGUUCGGCACCGACUGGGCGACGCCCGACGGCACCGCCAUCCGCGACUUCAUCCACGUGCUCGACGUCGCGCGCGGGCACAUGGCCGCCAUGGCGUGGAACGCGGCCCGCGGCGACGGCUUCCGCGCCUUCAACCUCGGCAGCGGCAGCGGCACGAGCGUGCUGGAGGCGGUCCGGAGCCUCGAGGCCGCCGCGGGCCGCAGCAUCCCGCUGACAUGGAGCGGACGACGGCCGGGCGACGUCGGCGUCUGCGUGGCGUCGACCGAGCGCGCGCAGAACGAGCUGGGAUGGUCGCCGCACGAGUCUGUGGCACAGUGCGCUGCAGAUCUGUGGAAUUUUGUGAAAAGAAGGAUGGCGCGAGAUGGAACGUCGGGAUCCGCGCUGCAGGAGCUUGCCAGUCUUAGGGUGAACGUCAAGCUCGAUCGGUUCGGCCUCGCCAGCGCCAGACACAACCGCGCUGCGUGCAUCCUCGGACCCUUCUUCCAGUUUUUAGAGGACGAAGGGCGCAAGGUCCUCGCAGCAGAGAUUCUGGCCUGGAUUGAUCGUUAUCAUUCUAGCUAAGGCAUCUGGUGGUAAGGCGCCGCCACCUAUCAGUCGCCCAUCCAUCUUCGCCGAUGAAGAUAACGAGAUUGAACAAACUGUG